AUGGAAUCGAUAAAACACAUUGUGAAGAUCAAUGCUGCCACUGGUAAACAGCGGUUAAAAAUACAAGUAUCGAUUUUAGCAUACAGUAUGCAUUGUUUAUGGAAUGGGACAAAGAAAUAUGAAGGAAGUGAUCAACCCUUCACCAUGGGAAAGGAAAAUUUCUCCAUACAAGAGGGACAGAUACCAUCUAAGAUCUCAAAUUUUAAAUGA